CCCUAGUAUUUGGUGAGAAGUAUAAAGUGCGAAGCCCCUCCGUCUUAUUACGUCUUGCACUCCGGUGACGACUGGUUUUCUCUGAGUUCGCUUCUACGUCGACCUGAUCAUUUGAGUUUAGUGGAAAUCCUGCGUCUUCUCCGAGCUAACUCGACGAGAAAAUGAAUUCUUUUGUUCAACGCGAGUCGAUCCUGAUCGAUUAAGAGAUUCUGUUCCAAGAAUCCAUCAACAUGAGGAGCGGUUUCUUCAUCCUGACUCUCGUUUCUCUGUCCUUCGGAUCGCCUCGCAGCGUCUCGCACGAGGACAUCCGCGACGCAAUCCUGUCCCUGGUGAACAUGUUCCGGGACUCUGGCGACAAGCUAGAACGCCACGAGUACAGGGAAAGGCAGCUCGGCGAGCAGCUGAAGAAGGCGCUCGUCGGUCUGGACAAGCGUCAUCGAACGACGGACCACAACUUGGACGCAAUUGCUCUGGUCGUGAAUCGGUUGGACGACCGACUCUCCGGCAUAGAGAAGAUGAUUGCUCAGAGAGACGAGAGAGAACGUAUUCAACUGCAGAAAGCUACAGACGCCAUGGAGAACAUCCAGAGUUCUUUGCAGGCGUGGAUGAACAAUGUCGGUGAAAAGAUGCAAGCCUCAGGAAGCCAAGUUGAAGGACAAACCGAAGGUCCUGGGUUCGGUGCUCGUAUUGACAGCUUGGUGACUAAUGUUGAACACAUAGAAACUCACAUGCGCGAAAUGAGUGAGAAGUCAGCGCACAACGAGGCCCUGAAACUGGCUUCUGAAACUCUGGCCAACACAGCGUCAAACACCGAGCGAGUACUGAGCCAGUACGAAAACAGACUCGCAGAACUGCAAGCAAACCCUUCUGCUGUCCAGACGCAGAAUUCCCAAGACUGGCAUCACAUUUUCCUGGCCGCAAUGGAAGCACACCAGAAAAUAUUACAAGAUCUGAAAACACUGACAGAGAAUGCGACAAAUAAGCUCAGUACGCUACCAAACAUUACUGAAGUAACAGGGAUAAGUAACUCCACUCACGAAUUAUUACAGGAAAUCCGCUACGAAGUGACAGCCGGCACCGAGAAAGGAGUCGCCAGACUCGAUGCCAAGCUGUCUGAGGCACAGACCGUGCUGGGUCGUGGACAAGAGGACAUGCUUAAGACUCUCACAGACACCGCGGUUAUUGCAGAAGGGGUGUACGGAGACAUCACAAGAAGCUAUGAAGAAUUGCUAAAGGAGGUGAGAAGAUCAGGAGAAGUAGAAAGUGUUCUGAUUCAGACCGCAGACAACGUAAUGGACACAAAACGACGGAUUGAAUACGGCGUCCACCAGAUCCUACUUGAAGUUGGUGACCUGGUGAAACUUCAUUCCAAAGAACUUAACGCUACAAUGAACCGGCGCUUCGACAAUCUCUCAUCUACCAUCGUAGACAGCCACAGCGGAGCGAUGGCAAAUCUGACGUCAAAGAUCGAGACAGAAAUCAGCCAAGUGUGGCGUCAGAUAGGGAUAAUGUACCAGCAGCUGACUGAAUCAGCUGGUGCACUCGACAGACUCCAACAGCAGACCGAGACUUACGUCAACGGCAGUCUGGAGACUAUGGGCAGUAUGGGUGGAAAAGUCGGCCAGAUCACCGGUCUCAUGGCAGAAAUGGAUUCCAACCUCAAUUACCUACUUGGCCGUCUGUCUCUGGUCACACAGGAGUUCAAUUCUAUCAAGUCAGACCUGGGAUCAGCUCUUGAUAACAUCCGCCAUGCAUUUAUAUCUGUUCAGAAGAAAGUUAAAGAGUUUGGGAAAACUGGAAUCAUCCCAAUUACAGACAGCAAUGAGGAUCCUACAGCAGACGAAGGUAACCAAGUGUCGCCGAUCAACGUGGAAGUCCAGUAGCGACAUGAACGUGGAAUGUUACUGAAAGUAAUGUCUUAUAUGUUACAUGUUUUUACUAAUUACUGAUAUCAUGAUAUUUUGUAUCAGUUUUCGUUCUUCUAGAACCAAAUACUUUAUUUAAUGAGGACAGGUGCGUGCUCGCAAACAUAAAUGACCACUGCGGUCUGAGACGCCUAUUUAUUGCAAUUUAACAAUCAAAUGCAGGAACUUCAGAACUUUGGUAUUGGCUUUGAAGACAAACUUUUUCUCAUCAAGGAUCUGUGUGACGAACGACAGCCUCUGUGCAGUGUCAUUCAUUACUCGAACAUACCGCUGGAAAUAUGAAACAAAAUGAGUAAUUUUCAACUUUCACUUCCUCAACUCGUUCUUAGUCGCAUUAAUUCUAAAACACUUAUCGCUAAGCCAUAGGUGGAUAGUAAGAUAAUGUGCACUUCUUUAACAUUAUAACGCGCUGAGAAUGUCAUUUUAUAGUCUCUCACACAAAUGGUACGAAGUGUAAUAGUGAUUAGUGUGCAUGUCUAUAAUUUUAAUUGAAUUAAUAAAUACACAAUAUGGUGCAUCACAUUAAAGCACACAAGUCUUAAUAUUGUACUGUAAGGAAUGGCUGAAGUUUUCUCUGCAGCUGAGAUCCAAUUUCUUUCUUACGAAUGGAAUUCUUUUUUUUAUAAAGUAUCUAAAAUUGUUGUGCUUCUAAAAACUGCAGUUUGAAUCCUUCUCCCUAUUCCUGAAAAUGGGUUUCAUAGGAAGAGUUUUAAAUAUUUUUAAAAUAAGGUUUCCAAAAUGUCUAGGGUAGACUUUGAAUUUCUAAUAGUUAUGAUGAGAAGAUUGGAAUGAAAAUCUGAGAAUGUCAUUUGAUUCACACGACGGAUUUGUACGCUCACAACAGAGAAGUAAACUAGUUCGAUAGUGACGCACGCACGUGUUCACAUAAACAGUCGAUGUGAGGUGAACAGACCUCGACAAACAAAGCACAGGAUGUAGAAGAUAUUUACUUAUUUUACAAGAGACUGAAUUCUUAUGCUUAUUUUGUUUUACAAAUGUGCGGAGAAGCAGCAGCCUUAAGCCCUUCUGGCAUGACAUCCCGCUGCAUUAUGCUGUCAGACCAAAUAUGUUGACAUGUCUUUCUGUUUUGAAUCAACACGAAGCUCAGUUGCUGCACUUGUAAUACAUUUUUGAAAGACCGAAUAAAAUCUUUUAACUCAAACUUUAUCAA